ACGCAAGCAUUUCCCACAUAUCUAACCUAAGUGGCAGUUGCCCGAAUAAAAUAUACUCGGGUGUAUUGGUUGUGGUUUUGGUGAUAUUUGAUCCACAGUUACGCAAGCCACACAAGGUCUUACUCAAUACAAGCCACGCCAAAACCUUCAAAUAUAGCAGACACCCCCUCCGAGUAAUUCCAUCCCUCAACUGCCAUUGCAAUGCGCGCCUCAUGAUCCGACAGCUUCAGCGGCCCUUCACGCGACUCGUACCUGCAGCAUGGCGAGCUACACCCAUCGCGAGCCUACACGGUAGCAGCCGGCUGCAAAUCGCGCCAUGCCGCAGCAAGAGCGCAGGCGAAACCUCCAAGCCCAAGUCUCUCUUCGAGGAACUUUUCCCAGCCGAAGCAAAGCAGCUACAGUGCGAGGGCUCGUCUGGCGAAAAAACCCGCUUCUCCCCCGAUGAGAUAUCCGCCGACAGCGCCUGGGUCUCGCAGCUCCUCGAAGCCUCCCCACCGUCCGAGACCGGCCCGCUGCGUGUGCCCAAUGACGACCUCAUCACGUACUUGGAUCCCAAGGUUCGUGACACCAACCGACACGCGCGUGCCAUGCUCGUGCUCUCGGCGGCAUCCAAGUGCCUAGCCGAAAGCGACUUCUUCCGGCUAAGCGACAACAAAGCUGAGCAUGUCGAGGGCUGGGUCCGGGGCAUCACCAAGAUCAUCCCCGCGCGGGACUGCCACACCCUCGAGCCCCUGGGCCACUAUUACAUUCUGUUCGAGAGCGAAGCGGCGGCGCACGCAUAUCGGGAGGAGGUGCGGCGCAUCUGGGAGUUGUCCAAGGCGAACGCCACGCCAGGCGGCCCGCUGUCGUUCCGGAACGUGGGCCCGGGAUCCAAGGAAUCUAUUGGGAACUUCACGCUGGUGCCGCCGAGCCAGCGUUGGGACCUUGAAAUGGCGCGGUACACGCGCGAGGAGAUCCUGCUCGAGCACAGCGGGUCCAUCGUUGACAAGCUUAUGGACAAGGCCGGCACGCGGGCCCUGGUCUUAGUCUCUCUUGACGGGGGCGGCAUACCUCCCAGCACGCUGCGGACGGCGAUUAAGGAGGAUGGUGUGGACAGAAACCUGGCCUGGAGGGUCAAGGACUUGGAUGGGCAGGGCAUCAUGUCGUUUGGGCGGAGUAUGCCAACAAGUCGCGAGCCAGACCCUUCGGAGAGGAAUUCAGAAGAACAGAGACGAAGAGUCAUGGAGGCCGAGGAGGACAGGGAGGACAACCCGGACGACCCAGUUUCCAAUACGAGCACUCUCAACAGGGAGCACAGGAGCUACUCUAGGUUCAUCGUUCCCUUCCUCGAUGAGGCAGAGGCACGGCGGUUUGUUAGGAACUGGCAUCGACGGCACCUCACUCUGUGUGCUGAUACCAAAGAGGCCGAGGUGGAUACUUGGCACAAGACCAGGACGUUAAAUGUAUCAUUACUAUGGUAGAAGCCGCACCCGCGAACCCGCAUGUACCAAAUAGCUGUAUCUUCCAUGUACAUCAACAACAUACUUGUCACACCACGUUGUUCAAUGAUGUAUUAUUUUCGAAGGCAGAAAGCCCUCCAAUGCAGAUAUCAAGACGCGUCAAGCAGCAAAUAAAACUUGAAAAUACCUAGAAAGACUCGAAAAGUCGAGACUGGAAAUGUAUUAGACCCAUAUC